AUGGUCGCCGAGGGCAUCGCCAUGAACACAGUGACCUUCAACGCUUGCAUCAGUGCUUGUGAGGAGGCUGGCAAGUGGAAGGAAGCCCUGUCGCUGCUGCAGAUGAUGGACGCGGCAUCUCAAAAGAAGACGACGAUCAGUUACAAUGCUGCCAUGAGCGCCUGUGGUGCUGUGGGGAAGUG